AUGGCCCAUCAAGCACACGCAUACCACAUAGUUGACCCCAGCCCUUGACCAUUAACAGGUGCAGUUGCUGCCCUACUAAUAACGUCAGGCCUCGCUAUCUGAUUUCACUUCCACUCUACAACACUAAUAACUGUCGGAACAGCCCUUCUGCUCCUUACAAUGUACCAAUGAUGACGAGACAUUAUCCGAGAAGGUACCUAUCAAGGACACCAUACCCCUCCUGUCCAAAAAGGACUCCGAUAUGGUAUAAUUCUAUUCAUCACCUCUGAAGUCUUCUUCUUCCUAGGAUUCUUCUGAGCUUUCUACCAUUCUAGCCUUGCCCCNACCCCUGAACUAGGAGGCUGCUGACCACCCACAGGCCUAACCACCCUAGANCCAUUUGAAGUGCCACUACUAAACACAGCAGUCCUACUUGCCUCUGGAGUUACAGUUACCUGAGCCCACCACAGCAUUAUGGAAGGAAACCGAAAAGAAGCAAUCCAAUCCCUAGCAUUAACAAUUUUACUAGGAUUUUAUUUUACAUUCCUUCAAGCUAUGGAAUACUACGAAGCCCCUUUUACAAUCGCAGACGGNGUAUACGGCUCAACAUUCUUCGUAGCCACAGGCUUCCACGGGCUCCAUGUUAUUAUUGGUUCCACAUUCUUAGCUGUCUGCCUACUCCGACAAAUCCGCUACCAUUUCACAUCUGACCAUCACUUCGGAUUCGAAGCAGCCGCCUGAUACUGACACUUCGUAGACGUCGUCUGACUAUUCCUAUACGUCUCAAUCUACUGAUGAGGAUCUUA